ACACUUCCCACUUCACUUUGACUCAGCAGCUAGAGCGCACGUCAGGGCUGUAUAAAAGAGGCAGCAGCGAGCCGUGAGAACACAGAGGAGCGUUUACUCAGCGGACGGGACCACUCUCACGGGAACGACUGGCGUCGCUUCAGCUUACCACAGUCUGCGUAGAUGGAGACCAUGAAGAGUGCAAGGAAAAAUGACACUGCAGGGGACAUUGGCAGGGAUUUAUCAGAGCAGAUGAAAGCCGUCACUCAGCACAGUCACGUCCGCGCUGAAAACACCCAGCUGAUGCUGAGUUACCAGAGGGGACAGAUCACCCUGCCGCAGUACAAGGCCCUGUUGUGUUCCCUCUACAUGAUCUACAAAGCGCUAGAAGAGGAGAUGGACAGGAAUUCCUCCCAUCCAGCUGUUGCACCGAUAUACUUCCCGCAGGAACUCGCCCGUCUGGAAACGUUAGAAAAAGAUCUGGAGCAUUUCUUCGGCUCGGAUUGGAGGAAGAAGGUCGUUGUUCCCGCAGCCACACUCCGAUACGAACAGAGACUACGAAAGAUUGGCGAGGAGAGCCCAGAGCUGCUGUUGCCCCACGCCUACACUCGCUACCUUGGCGACCUAUCAGGGGGUCAAGUGCUGGGGAAGAUUACCCAGAAGUCUCUGGGGCUGAGCACCUCCGACGGGCUUUCGUUCUUCUCCUUCCCCGGAGUGAGCAGCCCCCACCGCUUCAAGCAGCUGUACAGGAGCCGCAUGAACAGCGUGGAGCUGACGGCAGACGAGAGGGCGGCGCUGCUGGAGGAGGCCGUCGCCGCCUUCGAGUUCAACAUCCAGGUUUUUGAUGACUUGCAGAAAAUGUUGAGCGUCUCCACAGAAACAGCGGACCAAUCAGAGGGCAACGUGGUCAAAACUGGCUUGUUUCCAUCAACCCCCAUCAUGCAGUUCACCGUGGGAUUAUGUGUGGCACUGACCACGAUUGGAAUGGGCAUCUACGCCUUUUAGACUUUACUUUAGUCAUUUGUUAUGCACAUAUAGCAUCUGACUCAUCACUUUUCACAAUUUAUGGAAAUCCAUAACCGCUCUGUCUGUGUUCUUUGGUGAAAUGGGAUAGAUGUGUCGACGUUUGUGUGUUUUUAUCUGGUUUGGUUUCCCUUUUCUUCUUUCACAACAUGCCGUCGAUUGUUCGAGAUCAAAUCAAAAAUCAACGCUGACGUUUGUGUCUCGUCUAUGAACUAUCAAAUCACAGCUGGAACGUGAUUCUCCACUUGUCAUUUUUAUGAACUUCAUAAAAACAAUCUGUAAACGCACAAAAAAAAAAAAACUUGACUUGUGUUGA